AUGUCCGCGGCCAGCGCUGCGUGGCCGCGAGGCCAAGCCCUGCGGGCGCUGUGGGCACUGCUGGCGGUGCUGUUGGCGCCGUGGAGGCUGUGGGCGAUCAACGAUUUUCAGAAGUGCACCUGGCAGGUUGUCUUGAACAAGUUCGAGAGGCUGGGCGAGCACGGUGCCAGUGACCGCUUCUACGAUCAAGAGCUCCUGGACAGAGUGGGCAGGGUGUUCAGGAUGCUGGUGGACUCGCCCAUAGACCGGCACGAGGUGAGGGGUCGAGGGUCAGGAGGACCCAAGGGCCACGUCCCGCUCGGCAGUGGACAUUUUGCCCAACGUCUUCUUGCAGAAAUACCUGGGCUUCCCUUACUACCUGAAGAUCAACUACUCUUGCGAGGGACAGAGCUGUGCUCCGCAGAGGAGGUGUGCGUCAUGAGCUGGUACACGCCCAUGCCCAUCAAGAACGGCAGCGUGGUCAUGCGUGUGGACAUCAGCAGCAAUGGCCUGGGGCCCUUCAUUCCCAAUGAAAGGUUUUACGUGAACAUCAACGGCUUCCUGAAGCGAGAGCAAGACGCCAGGAUCCGUUUCACCGUGGGAGAUGAGCUCUUGGAGCUGCUGCCGCGGUACUUCCUGAAUGCGCCCUCGAGGGUCCUGUGGUACACCGUGGACCAGUCGCCCGUGCUCAUCCUGGGGGGCAUCCCCAACGAGAAGUCCAUCCUGCUGACGGACACCUACUUCAAGGACUUCUCUCUCGUGGAGCUGAGCAUCGACAGCUGCUGGGUCGGCUCCUUCUACUGCCCCCAGGCGGGCUUCACGGCCACCAUCUACGACGCCGUGACCACCGAGAGCACCCUCUUCAUCCGGCAGAACCAGCUGGUCUACUACUUCACAGGCACCUACUACACACUCCACGAGAGCAACGAGGGCAGCGGCAAGUGGGUUCGCGUGCUGGCCAGUGAGUGCAUCAAGAGGCUGUGCCCCGUGUAUUUCCACAGCAACGGCUCUGAGUACAUAAUGGCCCUCACCACGGGCAAGCACGAGGGCUACGUCCACUUUGGGACCAUCACAGAUGGCCACGUGUCCUUCGAGAUGCUGCCCAGGCAUUGGUCGGUGUGCCAGAAGUUAGCAGUUAGCCAGUGCUUCAUCAUCUGGGCCGUGUUCAUCUCGGACGACUCCAGAGUCCUAUUGCUGGUGGAGAGUGAGGUGACCCCGAUUAAGAAGUUUCAUCACGUGAUCAGCUACAGCCUGGCCACUGAUGACCUGGAAAUCAUCUACAUCAUCCCAGAAUUUAUCCCUGAUGCCCGAGGCUUGGAGUGCCUGACGAUCCUAGGGACGGAGUCGUACACCAGCAUCCCCAUGGUCCCCAGGGGCAUGUUCUUUAACCCCUACAACAACCUGCUGUUCAUCUGGGGCAACUUCCUCCUGCAGAGCUAUAACAUGGAAAACUUCAUCUACCUGGCGGACUUCCCCAAGGAGCUGACCAUCAAAUACUUGGUCAACUCGUUCCACGGAGAGAUGGCCAUCGUCACGGAGAACGAGGAGAUCUGGUACCUCCUGGAGGGCAGCUACCAGGUGCACAGGCUCUUCCCGUCCAAGAGCUGGGAGAUACACAUCAGCCUGCAGGCCAUGCACCAGUCGUCGCUCUACUCCUCCAACGAGACCAUGGUCACCCUCUUCUACGAAGACAGCAAACUGUACCAGCUCGUGUACUUCCCCGACAAGCAGCGGGGCCGCCUGGUCAAGAGGCUCGUGCCUGUGGAGAGGCUUCUGAUGUACAAGCAGCACAGCAGACGCUACCACCUGGAGCGGAAGGGGGGCCACCUGAUGCUCGCCUUCAGCAGCCCCUGUCCCUUCACGGUGAUGCGCCUGCGGAACCUGCCCAACCUGCAGGCAUACUCGCGCCAGGAGCGCUACCGCGCGCAGCCGCCGCACAUCCUGGAGCCGGGAGGCUUCCACACCGAGAAGUCGCUCGCCGUGUACCAGGGCCUCGUCUAUUACCUGCUCUGGCUGCACUCCAAGUACGACAAGCCCUACGCGGACCCGGUGCACGACCCUACGUGGCGCUGGUGGAAAAACAAGAAGCAGGACCAGGACUACUACUUCUACCUGGCGAGCAACGGGCUCAGCGCGGGGGGCGUGCACAUCGACAUGGACAGCUACGAGAAGAUCUACAACCUCAAGCCCGAGUACAAGCUGCCGGAUCGCAUCUUCCUGGACAAGGGCAACUCCUACCGGUUCUCCAUCUUCCUGACCGCGCGCGGCCAUGGGUUCAAGACGCUCCAAAGCGUGGUAAUGGGCAGCGCCUUCCGGCUGCACAGCCGGUUGCAGGUGGGCAUGGUGCUGGCUGACCCGGGCUGCCUGGAGGCGGUGGUGUCACGGGAGAUCCUUAUCAACCGCAACUCGGUGCUGUUCUCGAUCAUCCUCAAGGAUAAGAUGGUGUGCUAUGGCCAGGGCAUUAGUGGGCACCACCUCCUGAAGACCUCCUUGAUGGUCAAGGUGGUGGGAUCUUCCGGCAACUGUUUCCAGAACACACACCUGGGGCUCCGCCUGCAAGGCAACCUGAUGGUGCCGGUGCUUAUAGGCUGCCCUCCAGGCAAGCGCCUGGCCUUCGACAUCACCUACACGCUCAAGUACAACCGCCUGCAGAACAAGCACUACUUCGAUUGCAUUAACGUGGACCCCGAGAUGCCCUGCUUCCUCUUCCGGGACAUAUUCUACCCCUUCUUCUUGAUUCAAGAUCUGGUCACGGGAGACUCGGGCAGUUUCCAGGGCAGCUUCGUGCUGAAGGUGGUGGGCGGCGGACCCAGUCUGGACAGCAUCAGGGACUACAGCGAUGAGGAAAUCUACCGCUUCAACAGCCCCCUGGACAAGACCAAUAGCCUCAUCUGGACUACCAGGACCACCAGGACCACCAAGGACUCGGCCUUCCACAUCUUGUCCCAUCGGAGCUCCGGCAUUGAGUGGCUGUGUAUGGAGAACUCGCCGUGUCACGACACCAUUCCCAAACGCUUCUUCGCCCCGGAUUUCUUCUUCAAGGUGUUGGUGAGCAAUAGAGAUGUGGACACGAGCACGUACUGCGACUACCAGCUCAUCUUCCUGCUGCACGUCCACGGGCUGCCCCUGAGCAGCAAGCGGGCCCUCUUCAUUGUCAUUGUGGCAACCAGCCUGUUUCUGGGCCUGGUGCUCUUGUACAUCGUCAUCUGCCUGCUGUGGCCCUUUGUGGUGAAGGCCUGCAACUUCCUGCGCUGGAAGAUCAACAGCCUCAUCGCCACGGAGUCCUACUACACUUACGCUGCCUCUUCCGGGAGCUUCAGCCUGCGGUCCUGGACCAUGUCCAGGGAGAUCUCCAGGGCCGGCUCCAAGGUGGUGGAGAAGGCUGGGCCCAGGCAGCCCUGGGAGCAGCUGCACACCUGAGCCCCUUGCCCACCCCCACUUCCGCCCCAACACCUACAUCCGCUGCUCGGUCCAUCUGUCACCCCUCCCAGGCCUCUUCUUCCCUUCCCUUCUUACUCCAGAGCAGCUGUGGCUCCGCACAGGGCUCCUGUUUCUACCAGCACAGCUGUGCAAGUCAUUAAAAUA